AUGUAUGAACAACGUGUGGAGAAGGAGAGCUGCCCUGUCAACCGACUAGAACAGUGGCACACUGCGCCAUUAUCGGCAUCGAUAGGUCCUUCAUACCCGGACUUGCGAGACAAGGUCGCACUUGUCACAGGCAUCGGCCAAGACGGGCCACCCAACAUAGUAGACAACUGGGGUAAUGGUGCAGCGAUCGCACUGACGCUUGCGCGCAACGGAGCACAAAUAUUCGGAUGCGACCUCAGCCAAGCGGCAGCGGAGCGGACGAAGUCACGUAUCGAGGCUGAGGUUCCCGGUGCGGUCGUGGAUGUGAUCGUGACGGAUGUCACUUCCUCGACGGCGGUCGAGGAGAUGGUACAAGCGUGUAUCCAACGGCACGACGGACGGAUCGACAUCCUGGUCAAUAACGUCGGCAGGAGUGAGAGGGGCGGGCCGGCAGACAUGGACGAGGCGACGUUCGACUCUCAGGUUUCAAUCAAUCUCAAAUCCGUCUACUUGACCUGCCACUCCGUGCUGCCCAUUAUGGAGGCGCAGGGAUCCGGUGCUGUCGUCAACAUUGCCAGCAUCGCCGGGAUUCGAUAUAUCGGCAAGCCUCAGGUGGCGUACGCGGCUACCAAGGCCGCCGUUGUGCAGUUCACGAAGCACACUGCCAUUUUGUACGCUGACAAGGGUGUGCGGUUGAAUGCGGUGUUGCCUGGAUUGAUGUUUACACCGUUGGUGCACACGAUCGCGGAGAAAUAUGCCGGUGGUGAUUAUGAGGGCUUCGUGAAGACAAGACAUGCGCAGGUUCCCACCGGAAGGAUGGGGAGUAGUCGCGAUGUAGCGAAUGCCGUGGCCUUUCUCUGCAGUAACUCUGCCGCCGGAUAUAUCACGGGGCAGAAGCUGAUUGUCGACGGCGGUAUUGUGUCGAGCACGGGACGAACAUAA